AUGACCAAAAAAGACGCUACUGUGUUUGGUAAAUACAAACAUCUUGUGUUCAUAACAACAAAUACCUCUACUCCGCUACAUCAUCUAGUCGACUUUAUCAGAAAAAUUCGGAAACAUGUCACUACACAGUUUAUCCCAAGUACCGGACUUUGCAGAAAGAUGUAUCGCGUGUCCAAUAGAAUGCAUUAUACUCUUACACCCCUGCCGGGUUCAAUCUCAGCCCUCCUGGGUUCAAUCUCAGCCCAGCCGGGUUCAAUCUCAGCCCAGCCGGGUUCAAUCUCAGCCCUGCCGGGUUCAAUCUCAGCCCUGCCGGGUUCAAUCUCAGCCCUGCCGGGUUCAAUCUCAGCCCAGCCUGGAUCAAUCUCAGCCCAGCCGGGUUCAAUCUCAGCCCUGCCGGGUUCAAUCUCAGCCCAGCCGGGUCCAAUCUCAGCCCAGCCGGGUUCAAUCUCAGCCCAGCCGGGUUCAAUCUCAGCCCAGCCGGGUUCAAUCUCAGCCCAGCCGGGUUCAAUCUCAGCCCUGCCGGGUUCAAUCUCAGCCCUGCGCUUUGCUUUGGCUUUAACAGUAGUAUCGAGAAGCCGACUGUCCAAAAAAAGCAAUGGCAAACAACUGGACGUGAAAUUUGCCUAG